AUGGUCUGGGAGGAUGCCACAAGAGAGGCUCGGGUGAAGGCGCCUGCCAUGAAAGCUGAGUCGUUGAGGUCCCGGAAGAACGUCCACAGAAAAUGGCUGCAGAACCAUGGGGGGAAGAAGGAAGUCAAACCUCCCAUCAAUCUAGGCUGGAAGUGGACGUACCAAUCUGUUGUCGAGUCUCUGAGGAAGAGGGAACUCCUGAAGAAGAUCAAGGCUGAGACUGGCACGAAGCCCAGAGAGCUGGAAAUGAUGAACCAUUACGCUAGAUAUCUGACAGACAUGGUGAAUUCUCUGACCAAGAAGGAGGCUACCGAGAUGGCUGCAGAGUGGAACAAGCAGGGUGGCGAGGACAUUCUCUGGUACGUGGCCAAGGAAAUGUUCAAGAAGGCCAGAAUGCGGCUGUUCAUGAUGUUGGCCUGGAAGAACAAAGAGGGAAAACUCAUGGUGUCAAGCCAUGCCUACAAUGAGGAGUUUGGCAAUGGGGAAAGCUUCAUCAAGACUUGUGAUUGGGAGGUUAUACUGCCAGAAUGGGAGGGCUAUGUCGCAAAACAGUUCAUUUUUGUGGUAGAUAACAUCGUGAAACAUGUCUCCCUUCCUGUAAAAGAGAGAGGAAAAUAGUAUGGGUUAAACUUAGUUAGAAUAGCUGAUAAAUUAUAUAAUCAACCCCUGUAAGGUAGUAUAUAAUUGAAUAAAUGUUUCUUAGUCUUACUUUGAGGCUAAUGAUUUGCCUGUACUUAGGUUCUUACUUAAUCUCACACUGUUUGAGAUGAGUGAAGGUGGG